GCGAUUAUGGGUUGACGCUAGCUCCUAAAUGUGGAAAGCCGCUUGCUGAAUUGUGUACUCCGUAUAUGUAACCAUUCCCCGUGUUUGAUAUCACCUCUGCAGUCACCAUCUGCCCUGUUAUAGACACGUGAUCAAUGACGGCUUUGAUCAGCCAUGGCUGUCGUGUCAUGGAAGGAGAUUUUACUUUUGACUGGACUGGUGGUGGGAUGUUACUGGAACAGUCUCUCGUGCGGCUUUGUGUUUGAUGAUGUCUCAGCAAUCCUUGACAACAAGGACCUACGGCCCACGACCCCUCUCCGGAACCUGUUCCUCAAUGAUUUCUGGGGAACACCAAUGGCUGAGGAGCGGAGCCACAAAUCUUACCGACCCUUGACUGUUCUCACCUUUCGAUUGAACUACCUCUUCAGCGAGCUGAGCGCAGCUUCCUACCACCUGCUAAACGUUGUUUUACAUGCAGUAGUAUGUGUGCUUUUCCUGCGAGUGUGCCGAUUGUUCCUGGACAAGACCUCCAGCUUGGUGGCAGCGUUGCUGUUUGCUGUGCACCCCAUCCACACUGAAGCUGUCACUGGUGUGGUUGGCAGAGCUGAGCUUCUGUCUUCAAUCUUCCUCCUGGCUGCUUUCCUGGCCUACACAAAAUCAACAGGUGCAGACCACUCUAUUGUUUGGGCUCCCAUUGCUCUGACAGUUGUUCUAGUAGCUGCAGCAACGCUGUGCAAGGAGCAGGGAAUCACUGUCGUUGGUAUCUGCUGUGUCCAUGAAGUGUUUGUUGCACAAGGGUUUACAUUGCCCAUGCUGUUGGACACGCUGCGCCAAGUACUGCAGGGUAAAGACGGUUUCCCGUAUGCUGUCCUACAAACUCUGCUGAAGCUCAUCGUCCUCGUCAUUAGCACCCUGCUGCUCGUCAUCAUCAGGGUCCAAGUCAUCCAGUCCCAGCUUCCUGUCUUCACCAGAUUUGAUAACCCAGCAGCAGUCAGCCCCACUCCCACAAGACAGAUGACAUUCAACUACCUUCUCCCUGUGAAUGCAUGGCUUCUGCUGAAUCCCUCUGAGCUCUGCUGCGACUGGACUAUGGGCACUAUCCCCCUGGUGGAGUCACUGCUAGACCUCCGUAACCUGACCACCCUGGUGUUUUACACUUUUCUGGGACUGCUAGCUUACCACAGCCUGCGCUACAGACACAGUUCGGCCAAGACGGUCAUCAUGGCUCUGUCUUUGAUCGUCCUGCCUUUUAUUCCUGCGUCGAACCUCUUCUUCCCUGUGGGUUUUGUUGUGGCAGAGAGGGUACUUUAUGUGCCCAGCAUGGGUUUCUGUGUUCUUGUUGCACAUGGAUUCAAGAUUGUCUCACAUAAAGGACACUUGAAGAAGAUUUCCUGGUUGAUAAUUGGAGUGCUUUUAACUACGCAUGCAGUGAAAACUUUCAACAGGAACUGGGACUGGGAGUCAGAAUAUACUCUCUUCACCUCUGCCCUGAAGGUCAACAAGAACAAUGCCAAGUUAUGGAAUAAUGUUGGCCACGCUCUGGAGAACCAAAACAAUUAUGCAAAGGCGCUGCAAUAUUUUCUCCAGGCCACACGCGUCCAACCAGAUGACAUCGGUGCCCACAUGAAUGUGGGAAGAACCUACAAGAACUUGAACAAGUCCAAAGAGGCAGAAGAUGCCUACUUGGUUGCCAAAUCCCUCAUGCCACAGGUCAUCCCUGGUAAGAAGUAUGCGACGCGUGUGGCCCCUAACCAUCUGAACGUUUACAUAAACCUGGCCAAUCUGAUCCGGGCCAACGAGUCGAGGCUGGAGGAGGCCGAUCAGCUCUACAGGCAAGCAAUCAGCAUGAGGCCGGACUUCAAACAAGCCUACAUCAGCAGGGGGGAGCUGCUUCUGAAGAUGAACAAGCUCACGGAGGCCCGGGACGCCUACCUCCGAGCCCUGGAGCUGGACCGCACCAACGCUGACCUGUGGUACAACCUGGCCAUCGUCAACAUCGAGAUGAAGGACCCAUCAGAAGCCCUAAAAAACUUCAACCACGCCCUGGAGCUCAACCCACGCCACAAGCUGGCACUCUUCAACUCAGCACUUCUCAUGCAGGAGUCUGGUGAGCCAAAGUUCUGGCCAGAGGCCAACCGUCGGUUCCUGACCUACGUGGAGGAGGAGCCUGACGAUGCCAACGGCUACUUCAACCUCGGCAUGUUGGCCAUGGACGCCAAUGAAAAUGCGGCAGCCGAGCGGUGGAUGCGUAAAGCCAUUGGUUUGCAGGCCGGCUUCCGCAGUGCCCUGUUCAACCUGGCGUUGCUGUACUCCCAGUCCAAACGCGAGAUAGAUGCGCUGCCGGUGUUGGACGAGCUGCUGCGCCACCACCCGGAGCACAUCAAGGGUCUAAUCCUGAAAGGCGACAUCCUCAUGAAUCAUAAGAAGGACACACGUGGUGCUAAAGCCUGCUUUGAGCGCAUUUUGCACAUGGACCCCACCAAUGUCCAAGGCAAGCAUAACUUGUGCGUGGUCUAUUUUGAGGAGCGCGACCUGCCCCGGGCCGAGCGCUGCCUGGAGGAAACGCUGGCCCUAGCACCGAAUGAGGAGUAUGUGCGUCGUCACUUGGCUAUAGUACGAGGUAAAAUGGCUGCCAUGAGUGCAGCAGGGCAACCGCUUACUUCAGCGGAGGGAGCCACCGUGUCGGACAAGGUGGAAAAGCCGAAGAGAGUUAAUGAGGGGGCGGAGGACGAGGUUGCUGAGGGCAAGGAGGAAGGGAGGGGUGGCGAUGCUGUUGGAAUAGGAGCUGGGGAUGAGAAGAAUGUGCGGAAAUCCUCUGCAGAAAGUCUCGGAGGUGUGGGUGUGGACCAAUCAGAGUCUUUGGACAGCAGCCAGUCUGACAAGCGGACUAAGGGCAAGUCCACUAAAGAGAUUAACGAUAUAGAGGAAAAAAGAGCAGCUGCCUUGAAGAGACUAGAGGAGAUUGAGCGCAUAUUAAGUGGUGAUUGACACUUUAAUUUAUAGCUGGACUACUUUUAUAGAGCUCAUUAAUGCUCAAGGAUAAGACUGCAUUUCCCCUCUUAGAAAUGUGUAUUCUUAAUCAAAUGCCAUUUUAUUCCUUUGAUUUAUUCACGUGUUUGCGGGCUGCUCUGCUUGGUCCUGUUGUUUUAACACUAAUCAUGUAAAGAAGGGAAAUCUGCACAUGGAACUCAUGUAACAAUAAGCACAAAGCCAAGUUGGGAUAAUCUAUUUAAGGCAUGUGUGGCGGAUGUAGAUGCCGAUGUGUGUGCUUCAUCUGAAUGUGACUUCAUAUAUCGUAGAUCUGCAGUAGUUAUAAAUAUUUGUUUUGUUCCUCCAUGUGUAGUCAUUGUUUAUCACUGGAUUUUUUUUUUCCCCUCUUCGCUAAGAUCUGACUCACUCCUGUGCGCUGUUGUUUUUAAAAACAAAAUGAUUGUACAGUGGACAAUUAAAGGAAAUGACGCCUUCCCCAGAUUUCCUCAAGGCAGGAUGAUGUGUGCAGAGUUUGCAGCUCAAAAUAGAGUGACACUCCGCUCUACAUAGACUCCAGGCUUAUGUUCGGCUGCUGCAGCGUCUUCUCAUCUUUAUUGAUCUCACUCGCCACUUCCUGCCACUACAUCAUCGGCCUCUGUGCUCACAGCUGCCUUCACCUAAAAAUUUCAUUGUGAUCCCCUCUAAAGAAUAUGAUCUCACUGCUUUUGUCAUAUCGCCCCCCCUCCCAUCUCCACGCCUCUCUCCCAUCCUUAAGACACUACAACCUCAUAAGAAAUGAAUGUUUUUCCUCCUUUUCUAAGUAAAGUGCCCCGUUUGACCCGGGUAACACCCGUUUUAUGUGACGAUCAGGGAUGACGCACGCUCAUCCUCGACAUCAGAGUCCAUCAUGUGUUCUUCGUUUCAAGUUCCUUCCACUUCACAGAGGGAGUCUUCACAGCACAUUCACAGAAAACAACUCUGCUUAAUCUUGCUCCACGGUGAUUAUAUUCUUUUAGUUUACUGGCACUAAAAUAUCAUUGGGGUGUCCACAUUUUUCAAGUUUUGUAAUAGCCCUUUGUAUUCAUUUCUCGCAUAUACGGCUGCCAUCGCUUCAUUAAAAGUACGCUGCAUCUCUUUGUAGUUACGACCAACAUCAAAAACCGCUGCGGGCAAAUACGGAUAUUAAAACUUGAAAAGAAAUCAGAAAUGCACAAAUUUCCCCCCGUCUCUCCUAUCAGUACACCACUAUACAAACCAGUGCCUGGCUGGCUGCUUUCCAACACUGAGAGCGCUGUGAGAAAUAAGAGGCCGAUGACUGCUCAUCAGAAAACACACGGAUGUGCGCAGCGUAGCCCCAAAGGGACGAGAUAGUCGUGAAGUUAACAUGAGCAGACAUGUGAUUCAAAGCAAAUUGAGCAGAACCGUUUAAUUACUUUCUUACAAGCUGAUGUUAAUGUCUUCACAGCUCCCAUGAUGUUCCUGUUUUCGCUUCAUGGUGCAAUAAUUUGUUUCAGUACAAUGACUCUGCUCAGUGCAAUUCUUGAAAGUGGAAGUAGACUGCAAUUACUGUAAGUUAGGGGCACUGUGGUGGUACUAAGGAGCCUUGCUAUGCAUUGACCUUAUUUAGCCCUGAUAUUCUAUGUACAUAUAUUUACAGUGUACUUGUAUCCAGUGUUAUUUAUUUUUACAUGCACUGCAAAUGCUGUAGAAGUUUUUUGUUUACCACUGACAGUAUGCUUUAAAUUCAUGGUGCAUUAUUUUGUCUCUAGUAAUUUUCAGUCUGUGUGCUGUCACUUGUUAAACACGUCAUAGACGUUUUUCACUUCUAAACAGCCCGCGUCAGUGUUGAACAUGUACGAAAUAGUCAAUCAACUGUCUGCUCCGACUGGUAGGUCCAGCUUUGAAUGAGGAAGCAUCCGGUUUGCAAUGUUUUGUUUCACCUCGUUUUGCUGAGUGAGUGAAUUUUGUACGAUUUAAGAUUUUUUUUAUGCAAUAGCCCUUGGUGGUGGGGGUCUAGGUUACUAAAUAAAGUGACACAAAAAAUGAACAGUUUUGCUUCACUGUGUGUGUUUGCAGCUAAAGCCGACGUCUGCAGCGUUCUGUUGCUC